UAAAAAGGGUGACAAGUUCUUUGUUUUCCUCCAAAGACGGACAGAGUUGACUUAAGGGUGUACAAAUCAAUUAAAGUUUUUUUUUUUUUUUUUUGUGCAAUACGCAAUCUCCAUUUUGUUAGCAUAAUUAAACCCAGAGAGAGAGAUGGCAAGAAAUGACGAUAAGGGAAUUGUGUGUGUAACAGGUGGAACAGGCUACUUGGCUUCAUGGCUUAUAAUGAAGCUUCUUCAACAUGGUUACUCUGUACGGACCACCACUAGGUCUGUCCCAGAAAAGAAGAAAGAUGUCAGCUUCCUCACAAACCUACCAGGCGCAUCCGAAAAGCUCCAGAUUUUCAAUGCUGAUCUUGAGCAGCCAGGCAGUUUUGAUGCAGCCAUUGAAGGAUGCAUUGGAGUGUUUCAUGUGGCUCAUCCCAUUGAUUUCGAAGACAAAGAACCUGAACAAGUCAAGACCAGAAGAGCAAUCAAUGGGACUCUAAGCAUUUUAAAAGCCUGCCUUGAUUCCAAGACAGUGAAAAGAGUGGUGUACACUUCUAGUGCAUCGACUGUGGUGCUCAAUGACAAGGGUGGUUUAGAAGAAAUGGAUGAGAGUAAAUGGAGUGACAUAGAUUUUAUCAGAGAACUUGAGCCUUUUGGAGCUUCAUACAUGAUUUCCAAGACAUUAACAGAAAGAGCAGCUCUAAAGUUUGCAGAAGAACAUGGAUUGGAUCUCGUGACUGUAAUUCCUUCUUUUAUUGGUGGCCCCUUCAUUUGCCCACAUUGCCCCGGUUCUGUCUACACAUCAUUGGCUAUGAUUUUCGGUUCUGUCUCAAAGGAUCAAUAUAAGUUUCUUGGUAAUAUACCUUUGGUGCACGUCGAUGAUGUGGCAAGUGCACAUAUCUUCCUUUUUGAAAAUCCUAAUGCGAAAGGAAGGUACAUUUGUUCAGCAAAAGAAUUAACAAUUUAUCAGAUGUCGGAAUAUUUGUCAGUCAGAUAUCCAGAAUAUCAAAUACCGAAGGCCGAUUGCUUAAAGGAAUUUGAAGGGUAUUUUAAACACAGUGGUCUCUCAUCAAAGAAGCUCUUGGAUGCUGGCUUCAAAUAUAAAUAUGGGCUUGAUGAAAUGUAUGAUGAAGCCAUUCAAUGCUGCAAAGAAAAGGGGUUUCUCUAAUUUAUCUGAUUUAAUUGAUUAUAAUGUUGUAAACCAAGUACUGUUUUCUGCCUAAUUGUGUCUCUGUUACGUCCUCAGCUGUUUUCUAUCUUUGAGAAUUAGAUUGAUGGAUUAUCUUGGUCAGAUUUGAAAUUAUGUAUUUAAAUCAAAACAACUCAG